UUUUCAUUUUCAAUAGAGAGCCAUGAGCCAGCUGCAGCGUCGCAGUGCGCAGGUCGCUGUCGACGAGGACGACGACAUGAACAACAAGGGCUACGUCUGGGAGCAGCAAUACGAGCGCACCUGGGACGUCCUGCAGGAGGACGCGCAGGGAUCGCUGCGGGCGUCUGUCGAGGAGCACGAGCGCGCCAAACGUCGCAGAUUCAAGACACAGGUUCAGGGUGUACGACGGGGCAUGAUGCGCCACUUGACCAUCAUCCUGGACAUGUCAAGCAGAAUGGACGAUCCAGACCUGAAACCCACUCGUCUCGAACACUCCAUCCGACUUUUGGAGCAGUUCGUCCCCGAGUUCUUCGAUCAAAACCCCAUCUCGCAGCUGAAUUUCAUCAUUUCGCGAGACGCCAAAGCUGAACGCAUUUCCGAGCUUGGAGGAAAUCCGGCCAAGCACUUAGAGUCCCUUCGGAAGAAAGCAAGUACGGCUGGAGAGAUUUCACUUCAAAAUUCGCUUGAACUCGCGCGCGAAUCGCUUCGGCUCAUGCCGUCACAUACCAGCAAAGAAGUGCUCAUCAUCAUGGGUGGCCUUGCGUCCUGCGAUCCUGGUGACAUUUUCCAGACCAUUUCACUGCUAGAGUUGGAUAACAUACAUUGCUCUGUGAUUGGCUUGUCGGCGGAAGUUCGCAUUUGCAAAUACCUGGCUGAAAAAACGAAAGGUGUGCACAAUGUGAUUAUUGACGAGAGUCAUUUCCGAGACAUGCUCUUCCAGCACAUUACACCUCCUCCUGCCUCUUCUCGAACCGAGGCUCUUUUAAUUCGAAUGGGCUUUCCCCGGCAAAAUCUGUCCAAGGCUGCUACAUUAUGCGCAUGUCACAAACUAUUCCGCGCUGGAGGCUAUAUUUGCCCACAGUGCAAAGCCAAGUGCUGCGAACUACCAACAACGUGCGCUGUUUGCGGACUGACACUCGUCUCGUCGCCGCAUCUGGCUCGCUCCUACCACCACCUGUUUCCUCUUGCGCCGUUCCGAGAGGUCCCACUUGCUCACCCACCUGCUGACGCGAAUGGACUGCUUGCUGGAUUGGUUGCAAACUCAACCACUCUCGCGUUGCACCCAAGCUGCCGCGGGUGCUCAAAGCCCACAGCCACGAUGCGCUCGGCAUUCCAGUGCCCAACAUGCUGCCACGUUUACUGCCUCGACUGUGAUAUUUUCAUCCAUGACACCCUUCACACGUGCCCUUCUUGUGUGGCGUUGCUUGACGGCAGUGCUGUCGCCAAUGGCGGCGAGUCUUCCUCGCAGGUUUCGUCCCAGCACUGAGAGCUCAAUAAAU